AUGGGCCGUCUUCAUUCCAAGGGAAAGGGUAUCGCUUCCAGCGCCAUCCCCUACUCGCGCGCUCCUCCCGCAUGGCUCAAGACCACUCCCGAGCAGGUCGUCGACCAGAUCUGCAAGCUCGCCCGUAAGGGUGCCACCCCUUCCCAGAUCGGUGUUGUCCUCCGUGACUCCCACGGUGUCGCCCAGGUCAAGGUUGUCACUGGUAACAAGAUUCUGAGAAUCCUCAAGUCCAGCGGCCUCGCCCCUGAGAUCCCCGAGGACCUCUACAUGCUUAUCAAGAAGGCUGUUGCCGUCCGCAAGCACCUCGAGCGCAACCGCAAGGACAAGGACUCCAAGUUCCGCCUGAUUCUCAUCGAGUCCCGUAUCCACCGUCUUGCCCGUUACUACAAGACCGUCGGUGUCCUUCCCCCCACCUGGAAGUACGAGUCCUCGACCGCCUCCACCCUCGUCGCAUAAGCGGCUCACGACUGAGAAACGUCGAGAGGAGGAGCAAGCGUGGAUACCACAUGGCGUUCAGGGCAUGUGUAUUUGGAAGGUCGCCGGAGUUUGCACUAGCUCGUUGCAAAGGGAUGAAAAAGUAAAUGAACGACCAGGGCCGAAUUUGGACCCUCACCAAGAAACCAU